AUAUAAGAAGCCAAAUAGUCCUAGUAAGAAGAGAAGAAGACACUGCUUAUAUAUCUUUGUCCCUGCCGUGUUUAACUUUAAAAGAAGCUUCCGUCGUUUACUCCCAUAAACAAACCCACAAACUCCUUUUUCCAUGAGUCAAAAAAUAUAAAGAAAGAAAUUAAUCUCUACUACUAUUGCUUUAAUUAACAAUGGCGGAUGAUCAAGAAGGGUAUAAGGAAGAGACACUAAACGGAGAGAGCUAUUCAGAACUACUAUUUGCCGAUGAUGAUAACACACUAGGAGGAUGUUUUAACUUCACUUCAUCUUCCCCAAAAAUGCUCUGUUUUGGUGAUUACACCAAAAUGUGUGCUGAUAAUCCUUUUGUUGAAAGUUGUUCUAUAAAUUCACCAGCAAAAAUCCAGAUAUCUGGAGUCACAUGCAGUAUUGGAGAUUCACCCGCCUCAGCUUGUUCAAGUAGCAACAGCAAGAACUACAAGUCCGAUAAAAAGCGAAAUGGAGCAGAGAAAGAAUCGGCUGAAAAAACAAAAGCAGUUCCUGCUGGAAAUCAGAGAAAUUGCAAGAGGACAAAGGCAGAAAAUUCAAAUGUGACAGGCCAUGCAAAGGUUAAGAAAGAGAAGCUUGGUGAAAGAAUCACAGCUUUACAACAGCUUGUAUCUCCCUUUGGCAAGACAGACACAGCAUCAGUGCUACAUGAAGCGAUGGGAUAUAUCAGGUUUUUGCACGAUCAGGUUCAAGUCUUGUGUUCUCCUUAUUUGCAGCGCCUGUCUCCUUCAUUACGUGAGGGUGGAGAAACCGGAGAAAUGGAAGGAUCAAGAAAGGAGGCGAUGCUAAGGAGCAAAGGACUAUGUCUUGUCCCAAUAGAGCUAACUCUACAUGUAGCUGAUACUACUCUUAAUGGUGCUGAUUUUUGGUCACCUGCCGCCAUGACGAACAAUAUCACUCGUCUCAAUUCUAACCAAUGAACAAUCACAUCCCUCUUUUUGCUCUCUCUCCUUUUUCUUGUUUUGGUGGCUUGAUAUGACAGUACUAUAUAUAUAUAUUUGCAGAAACCCAUUUUUAGAUACAAAAAAGACAUGAUAACAACUAGUACUACUGUAGUAUAGUGAAAAUGAUAGUAGUAGGAAGGGCAGCUAGCAGGUUUUUCUAACGCUGAAAGGAAGUGUAAAAGGAGAGAGGGGCAGACAAAUCUUGGUGGUUAAUUGGAAACACAGCUGGAGCUGGGUGUUGGAAAUUGUAGACCUUUUAGGGAAAUGGAAAAGUGUAGUAGUAUUACUCUUAUAUCAGAUCGAACAAGGAUUUUUUUGGCUUGUGUUUUCUCCAUCUCUUUUUCCUUGAAAAGUGAGAUUUUUUUAUAUCAACCAACUAUAGCUAUGU